CACCAUUUGCCCCCGAAAACCCACCACCACAAGCCACCAACUUGCUACCAAAGUAGUAAUAGGACUAUCACCAAUCCCUCCCCCAAAGCCGGGACUCUUUUUCUUCUUCUUGCGUUGGGAGCAUCUGCGCAUUCUCGAAUCACGAACACGACACGACGACGGAAUCUUAGAUACCCCCUUGGCCCAAAAGUUGUGAGAGAGCAACCGCAGUCGGCCCUCCUUCGACACGUACACCGAACGUGGACCAGGCACUUUCAAUCCGACUCAACCCCUCCAUCGAGUAGCAGCGUCUUCAGGACGGCCAAACCGCAAUCAUGGCGACUACGGUGGACAAGAUCAAAGACAUUGAGGCCGAAAUGGCCAAGACCCAAAAGAACAAGGCCACGUCCUUCCACUUGGGCCAGCUUAAGGCCAAGCUCGCCAAACUCAAGCGCGAGCUGCUGACGCCCUCAGGCGGUGGCGGCGGCGGUGGCGCCGGCUUCGACGUCGCGCGCACGGGUGUCGCGAGUAUUGGCUUCAUUGGCUUCCCGUCCGUGGGCAAGAGUACCCUUAUGAGCAAGCUGACGGGCCAACACUCCGAGGCCGCCGCCUACGAGUUCACGACCUUAACGUCCGUCCCGGGUCAGGUCACAUACAACGGUGCGCCGCUGCAAAUCAUCGACUUGCCCGGUAUCAUCGAAGGAGCCAAGGACGGCCGCGGUCGCGGUCGACAGGUCAUCGCCGUAGCCAAGACGUGCCAUCUCAUCUUCAUUGUACUCGACGUCAACAAGCCCCUGACGGACAAGCGCGUCAUCGAGACGGAGCUCGAGGGCUUCGGCAUCCGCAUCAACAAGAGCCCUCCCAACAUCACAUUCAAGAAGAAGGAGAAGGGCGGCCUCAACAUUACGAGCACUGUGCCGCUGACGCAUAUCGACCAUGACGAGAUCAAGGCCGUCAUGAACGAGUACCGCAUCAACUCGGCCGACAUCGCCAUCCGCUGCGACGCCACUAUCGACGACCUCAUCGACGUCCUCGAGGCCAAGAGCCGCAACUACAUCCCAGUCAUCUACGUCCUCAACAAGAUCGACGCCAUCAGCAUCGAGGAGCUCGACCUCCUGUACCGCAUCCCCAACGCCGUGCCCAUCAGCUCCGAGCAGGGCUGGAACCUUGACGAGCUGAUGGAGGCCAUGUGGGAUAAGCUAAAGCUCGUCCGCGUCUAUACCAAGCCCAAGGGCAAGCUGCCAGAUUAUUCUCAGCCCGUCGUGCUCCGCUCGAACCGGUGCACGGUCGAAGACUUUUGUAACCAAAUCCACAGGAGUAUUCUCGAACAGUUCAAGACCGCCAUUGUGUACGGCAAGUCUGUAAAGCACCAGCCUCAGCGCGUCGGACUUUCCCACGAGCUAGCCGAUGAGGAUAUCGUGACAAUCGUCAAGCGCUGACGAACGCGACGGCAAAGCUUCAUCUACGCAUGGCGGCCGCGUUGCCACCAUGUCCCCAUGCCCUGUCUGCAAAGCCGCCGGGCGACCCCUUGUUGGGGGAGAGAAAAACAACAAAGCCCACUUGCCUCCUUCCUCGUCUCCCCUCGAGAUCUUUUCCUGGCCCAGAGAGGCCUAUCUUUAUCGCUUGCCGCGAUGUCACUUGAUACACCUACACUACCGGAUCGCGCGCAACCCUCUAUAGACAAGAAAAGCUUUCAGCAGUCUUAAGUGACAUGUACCAACACACGCAAACAUACGGGCGUAGCCGCUGAGGGCGGGUGAUGUCGCUACCAGCUGUAAUUUGCCAUCUUCAAAUCGGGGCAGAGCUGAGCGGCCACGGUGCCGUUGCGCGCGAGCGCGGCUGCAAAAGCUGUCCCGGCAGCGGCAUCGAGUCGUCUGUCGAACCACUUUUUGCUAUGCAGAGUUGAUGGGCGCGAGAAGGCGGCGUUGGCUCAGCCAAGCAGCGUCUUUCGUUCUAGCACAAUAGAAUAUAAAGAAAACACGCGAGGACAUCGAGAAAAGGGGGGGGGUCCUGGGGAGGACCUGGUUUGCUGAGUCUUGGCUAAAUAGAAGUGGCUUCUUUCUGGCAGACAACGUCUCCCUCGUUUGCCCACUUGUCGUCUCGUUUUGCCUGUUCCUUCCCCCAGCCCCCU